CCGCGCCUCGCUCGGGGCGUUGCGGCCAACGGGAGGGAACGGCUGAGGAGUGAGGUCGCCUCCUCACUCCUGCAAAAUGUAGGGUCACAGGCGGCCCCCGAAAGAGCCGAGGGCUGGUCCCACUCAACGCGCUGUGGCCCGAGUUCAAGUCUUAAGUUUAAGACUUAAUCUUGGAGCCUGAGAGGAGUCCAGGCUGAUCUCCACGUUGCCUUCAACCGGAGUCGGGAGUACACAGACGGUAUGUUGAAGGAAAGCAGCCCGAAGCAGCAAGUGCAGUGACUGCAACACAGAAGUAUCCUUUCAAGUCCCUGAAGAAAUCCCCAAAGAAAGAAUCCUAUGACAUUUUUUCACAAGCAGAAGCCAGCAAGGUUUCAGACAUCAGCUGCUAUGCAAACAGGCUGAGUGCACCAUUAAUGACUGAAUGGGCUCCUCUGAGAAGGCUUGUCCUCACACCAUGACUGCUGACGAGUCAGAAGCUGGAGAGUUAGCUCUGGAGCCUCUCCUCACUUGCAAGCUAUGUCUCUGUGAAUAUUCCCUGGAUAAGAUGACCACUCUUCAGGAAUGCAGCUGCAUCUUUUGUACAGCGUGUCUAAAACAGUACAUGGAGCUGGCAAUUCAAGAAGGUUGUGGUUCCCCUAUCACAUGUCCAGACAUGGUAUGCUUGAACCAUGGGACCCUACAAGAAGCAGAGAUUGCCUGUUUGGUUCCUGUUGACCAGUUUGAGUUAUACAAGAGGUUGAAGUUUGAAAGAGAAGUCCACUUGGACCCCCAGAGAACAUGGUGCCCCACAGCCGACUGCCAAACAGUGUGCCACGUUGCACUGAGCGAGUCGGGAGCACCGGUGCCAGUGGAGUGCCCCGCCUGCCACCUGACCUUCUGCUCCUCUUGCAAGGAGCCGUGGCACGGGCAGCACCUGUGCCAGGAAAACCAAACUACUCCAGUACCUACCGAGCAGGGAUUCCUUAUUGGAGCAGAGACAGAGGCGCCAAUUAAGCAGUGCCCAGUUUGUCGAAUUUAUAUUGAGCGAAACGAGGGCUGUGCUCAGAUGAUGUGCAAAAACUGCAAGCACACGUUUUGCUGGUAUUGUCUACAGAACUUGGAUAAUGAUAUUUUCUUACGACAUUACGACAGAGGCCCUUGCAGAAACAAGCUGGGCCACUCACGGGCUUCAGUGAUGUGGAACAGAACACAGGUUGUGGGGAUCCUCGUUGGACUAGGUAUCAUAGCAUUGGUGACCUCGCCAUUGCUGCUUGUGGCAUCUCCAUGCAUCAUCUGUUGCAUUUGCAAAUCUUGCCGGAGCAAAAAGAAAAAACACAGCCUGCCGACAACCUAAAACUCUUUGUCUUUUUGAGUCUCCAUCUGUACAACAUAUACAUGUGAGAAAGCACAAUGGUUGUGUUUGGGUGCCAUUCCUACCAAAUAAUGCUCCUUUUUUUUUGCCA